GUGUUUACUUAUUUGCAGGCGCAGACCUACUCCAAAUCAGUUUAACAUGGCCUGGUAUGCUGUAUGAUAACAUGUAACAUGAGUAAUCAGCGUCCAGCUAUGCUGGUUUUCGUAGCUAGCAUUUUACUCCCAGCAGCGGCAACGCUGGCCGGAGCCUCUUCCGGGCGCUCCGUCUCGCUGCCAGGCUGCCCCGACAAGUGCGGCGACGUGCCCAUCCCAUACCCCUUUGGCAUCGGCACGCACUGCGCCGCGACCAGCCUGAGCAGCUACUUCAACCUCACCUGCAACGGCACGAUCGAUCCACCGCGGCCAAUGGUCGGCAAUGACGAGGCAGUGGUUGAGAUCACCGACAUCUCGCUGGAGCAUGGUGAGAUGCGUGUGCUCAGCCCCGUCAACCACAUCUGCUUCACUUCGGACACCACGUUCACCAAGUUCCUCGGAGGGUAUGAGCUGCAACUCACGCCCUUCCUCCCCUCCCCGUCGCGCAACCGCUUCACGGUAAUCGGCUGCAACACGCUUGGGCUCAUCAGCGGGUACAAAGGCACCGCGAGCCAGUACGUGGCUGGCUGCUACUCCUACUGCGAGGGCGUCAAUAACACAACUGAAGGCGCGCCGUGUGCUGGGAUGGGAUGCUGCGAGGCUGCCAUCCCUGCCAACCUCACCUCCUUUGGGGUCAAGUUUGAGAUGAACCAGAGCAAGGUAUGGGGCUUCAACCCGUGCUUCUACGCCAUGGUGGCAGAGGUUGGGUGGUAUAACUUCAGGCAGCAGGACCUCAUCGGCAGACUUGGGUUCGUUGACGAUCGAGCCCAGAGAGGUGCCCCCGUUGUUGCUGACUGGGCCAUUAGGAACGCCUCAUGCCCGGAGGAGGGGAAGGACAUGCCCAAUGACUAUGCCUGCAUCAGUGUCAACAGCCAUUGUGUGGCCGCAAACAAUGGUCCAGGGUACUUAUGCCAGUGUUCCAAAGGAUAUGAAGGAAAUCCUUAUCUUUUGAACGGCUGUCAAGACACAGAUGAGUGCGCAUUGCGUAAGCAGCACACCAAGUAUGAAGAUUUGUAUCCAUGCAGAAAAGGGGUCUGCCACAACACACCAGGAAGCUACUUAUGCAAAUGCAAGAAAGGAACAAAAUCUGAUGGUACAAAUUUUGGAUGCCAGUCUAAGCAUUCUCCAGCAGACAAAAUGGUUAUUGGCCUCAGUGUUUCUGCAACGGUGGUGAUGGCCUUAGCAUGCUCGUUGAUCAUGCAAUUACAAAGGAAAAGGCACAAGAAGGAGAAAGAUGAGUAUUUCAAACAAAAUGGAGGUCUCAAGUUAUAUGAUGAGAUGAGGUCAAGGCAGGUUGACACAAUUCGUAUACUUGCUGAAAAAGAGAUAAAGAGAGCAACUGAUAACUACAAUGAAGAUCGAAUUAUUGGAUGUGGUGGGCAUGGGAUGGUCUACAGAGGAACUUUGGAUGAUCAAAAAGAGGUUGCCAUAAAAAAGUCCAAAGUAAUCAGCGAUGAUUGGCGGGAAGAAUUUGUCAAUGAGAUAAUAGUCUUGUCACAAAUCAAUCACCGAAACAUUGUGAGGUUACUAGGAUGUUGUCUGGAUGUAGAUGUCCCAAUGUUGGUCUACGAGUUCGUCCCCGGUGGUACUUUAUCUGAGUUUCUUCAUGGCGCUGGUUGUAGAUCGCCAAUCCCUUUGGAUCUUCGCCUUAAGAUUGCUACACAGUCAGCAGAAGCUCUAGCUUACUUGCAUUCUUCGACAUCUCGCACAAUCCUACAUGGGGAUGUCAAGUGUGCCAACAUUCUCUUGGAUGAUCAGCUCAACGCAAAAGUUGGCGAUUUCGGAGCAUCAGCACUUAAGUCCAUGGAUGAAAGUGAAUUCAUCAUGUUUGUUCAUGGAACACUGGGCUACCUUGAUCCAGAGAGCUUUAUCAGUCGUCAUCUCACCGACAAAAGUGAUGUAUACAGCUUCGGGGUGGUUCUUCUCGAGCUGAUGACCAGAAAGAGGGCUAUAUAUACUGACAACUUCAACGAAAAGGAAUCAUUGUCAUAUAGUUUUCCAUUGAUGUUUCAAAAGAGGAGACACCUUGUUAUGCUGGACAUUGAAAUUAUAGAUGAUGCAGUUACGGUGGUGCUUGAGAACAUGGCUGAACUUGCAGUGCAGUGCCUUAGCCCAAAGGGAGAUGACAGGCCAACGAUGAAGGAAGUUGCUGAGAGCCUACAGAUGAUGAGGAGACUCCGACUGCACUCAGCUAGUGAUCCUGAAAAUAAUCACUAUACACAUAGCUAUGGAGGAUCAUCUUCGGUUGUGGUCCCUUUGGAAGAGACAACACGUGGGACCAUCGAUAUGUCAGAACUGGUUGAAGAUCUUUCAAGAUGAUAUUUGUAAUUUUGUAUGGACAGUCAAUUCUUUUGUUUGUGAUAUGUGACAAUAUAUAUUUAACCCCCACUGUUGCAAUAGUUACACCAAUUUAUGGGGCAAGGAUCAUAAACAUUCGAUUCGA